AUGCAUGCUGAGUUAGUACGUAAAGUGGCAUAUGACGCACGUAUAUCACAUGAUCUAUACAAACAUUGUGUACAUCCUCAUUUAGGCGAUGAAUUAUUUUUCAUUGGUUUUGUUCGUCCUUAUUUUGGUGCUAUACCACCACUAGCUGAAAUGCAAGCUAGAUGGUAUGCAUUAUUAUGUUCAAAUAAAUUAGCAUUACCAGAUAAGGAAACAAUGAUUGAACAAAGCAAAACUUAUGUUAAAUAUAUUGAAUGGCAACUAACACCUUACAGAACAAAUCGAAUUGUUAAUUUAACAGAUUUUGUCAUCUAUUCAGAUGAUUUGGCUCGUACAAUUGGAUGCAGACCACAUCUAGUGAAAAUGUUUUUUAGUGAUCCAUCACUGUGGCUAAAAUGUAUGUGUGGUCCAAUUAUGAAUGCACAAUACCGUUUAGUUGGUCCUCAUAGUAAAUCUGACCAAGUACGACAAAUAAUUAAAGAAGUCAGGUGGUUAAAACAUCUGAAUUUAAUGAGCUUGUUUUUGUUAUUUGUCUAUGCAAUUAUUUGA